GCCGCCGCGGGUGCACUAUACUACCAUUAUAAUGGACAUGUCAUCAUGCACCGUCGUUUCUACCGAGACAGUUCGUCUAGAUGCGUUCCGUCGGGUCGAGUCGUAUAAAUUCGUAUUGCAUUAGACGCAUGUACCAUCAUAAUAUUGCCAUCGUCAAGUCUGAAACCAGAAAAGAAUAUUACUUCACGCACGUAGUUGAUUGUUUGUACUGCAGUUGAUAAAAUUGAAAAAAAUCAUUAUGGAACAAAUUAAUAACUCUGAUCAAGUAUUAAAUACUGUAAGAUCGAUUGUUUAUCAUUUAAAUGAUGUCAACUUGGCUAAGAUGACACAAAAAAUGAUUGCUUUGCCAAUACAUAGUGUUAAAUUACUCGAAGAUAUAACGGAUAUAAUAUUUGAUCGAGCUUUAAAAAGGCAAAACUAUACACACAUAUACGCCCAAAUGUGUGCAUGUAUGAUGAAUGACCCUAAAUUUAAUAAACUUGCUACAGAUACUAAAACAACAUUUCAAAAAGUUUUAUUAAAAAAAUGUUCUGAUGUAUUUCAUACAAAGUAUCAACAAGAAUUAAAUAAAUUAAAAGAGAAGAUGAAAAAUGAUAAUAUGGUACCAAAGAAGUGUAUAUCCACUUUAAAUAAUUUUCAAUUCGAUUUUAAUAAAAAAUCCAUAUGUAAUUGCAGAUUUAUUGGCGAACUUUUUAAAAAGGGCGCUUUUCCAGAAAAAGCUAUUCUGUCCUGCAUUACAGAUUUAAGUAAAGAGAAUGAUGAAAAUUAUGAACUACAAAUGCAUUGUUUAUGUACAAUAUUACAAUUAGUAGGACCAAUAUUAUCCAAGACACAUGAUUUGAAAAGACCAGUUGAUAAGCUCUUAUCAUCUAUUAAUAACCAUGGUAUGUCAUCGACACUGAAACGUUCAAUACAUCAAAUAAAAAGAAUGCAUUCCAAGGGUUGGAUGAAUGAGGAGCCUGUCAAAUUUAUAGAAAACAAUCAAUCUGCAUUUUCUGGUUUACCAGAACACUUGAAAAAUGUGUACAAGGUAAAAUCAGAUAUAAUUAUUGCAGAAUGGAUAUAUGAUGAGUGUUAUGAUGUUCUUAUGAAUUUUGCUGACAAGAAUAAAAUUGAUGAAGUUAUACAGUUAUUAAAGAUAAGUAAUACCUGGAAUUCCUACGAUCCAGUUUUAUUUGUAGUCUCACUAAUUCUUGUAGCUAUAGAAGAAGACCAAGUAAUAAGAAAUAAAGCUGGAAAACUUUUAAAUAACCUUAACAGAAAGAAUAAAUUAUCAAAAAGUUCAAUUCAAUCAGGAGUCAACAAAGUUUUGAACGAUUCGGGCAUGAAGGAAGAGCAUUCAAAUCUAUCAAAAUUGGUUUUAGAUAUAACUGGUCAGUUUUUGUAUUCUAGUAGCUCUAAAAAAAAUUCAAAGGAAUCAGGAUGGAAAAAUUUCAUAUAAUCUUCAUAAAAAAAAAAUUAUAAACAUGUUCUAUUCAAUCAGGAAUCAACAAAGUAUUGAACCAUUCAAACAAACAAAACAAGAGUAUUUAAAUCUGUCAAACUUGGUUUCGGAUUUAGUUAUAUAUCAGUAUCUAAACAUUAAAGUUUAGUAAUGUCUGUUAAAUUUAAAAUUAUUAAUUGAUAACAUAUCUUGUAAAAUUUUGUA